CUUCUUAACCCAUUUCCUUAUUAUUUAGGGAAAAUGUCUUCUCCACUUGUUGCACCCUAUUCUGCAAGCAAAUUUGCUCUGGACGGAUUUUUCUCCUCUGUCAGGAUGGAACAUUCAGUGACCAAGGUCAAUGUGUCGAUCACUCUCUGUAUCCUCGGCCUCAUAAACACAGACACAGCCAUGAAGGCCGUUUCUGGGAUACUCAGCACAGUAGGAGCAUCUUCAAAGGAAGAAUGUGCCCUGGAGAUCAUCAAAGGGGGAGCUCUGCGCCAAGAGGAAGUGUACUAUGACAACUCAGUCUGGACAGCUUUCCUACUGGGAAAUCCAGGGAGGAAGAUCCUGGAAUUCUUGUCAUUAAGAAGUUAUAAACUGGACAAAUUUAUAAACAACUAAGCACUUCCUUAGGAUGCGGCAUGGGAAGGGACUGUUCAUCCUGAUAUUACCUGAGCUCCAUCCAUGAAGGUAUCUCCCCGGAGAGACAAAUGAGUGUCCCCAGAGAGUUGGAAGUCACACAUCACAUCUCACAAUUUGAAGGAGUUCCUCUAACACUUGCACAGUGGAAAUGUAAUUAUAAUGAAUGUCAUGAACCACUGCAACCUGUGGUCAUGAAAAUGAUAGUAACCAGAGGUACGAUUAAAAAAUAGUUCUAUCAAAUUUACCUCAUAUAUAAUAUUAUGAUUAAUACAAUAUUAAUUAUAAUAAAGGUCAUAUCAACUUUAUAAAUUCAUAA